AGCACGACCGCCGCACGUCACGAGUGUAGUUCAGCCAAUGGGGGGGUCGGAGACAAACAGUCAUGGCAGUAAAAGGAAAGAGCUAGGCUAGCCAUGAGCUUUAAUACUUUUAUGGCAUUGUAUUAUUAAGAUCCACAUUCAGCAACAAAGGAGUCCAUUUGAGAGGUGAUCAUCAUGGGUGAACCACAGCAGGUCAGUGCCCUGCCUCCUCCACCUAUGCAGUACAUUAAAGAGUACACAGAUGAAAACAUCCGCAAGGGUCUGGUACCUAAGCCACCUCCACCCAUCAGAGACAGCUACAUGAUGUUUGGCAACCAGUUCCAGUGUGAUGAACUCAUAAUCCGGCCUCUGGAGAGCCAAGGCAUCGAGAGGCUCCAUCCUAUGCAAUUUGACCACAAACGGGAGCUUAAGAAGCUCAAUAUGUCGAUUCUCGUUAACUUCCUUGACCUGCUGGACAUCCUUAUCAAGAGCCCUGGUAGUAUAAAGCGUGAGGAGAAGCUGGAGGACUUGAAGCUUCUGUUUGUACACAUGCAUCACCUGAUUAAUGAGUACAGGCCACAUCAAGCCAGAGAAACAUUGAGGGUGAUGAUGGAGGUGCAGAAGAGACAGAGGCUAGAGACAGCUGAGAGGUUCCAGAAACAUCUGGAGAGGGUGGUGGAGAUGAUCCAGGGCUGCCUUGCCUCUCUUCCUGAUGACUUGCCACAGAUGGAGGGUCCGGAUGUUGCUGGUCAAGUUCCAAGGAGUGUGUCUGCAGGAGCUGGUGUCGGAUCAUCUGCACAGGCCCCCUGGUUGAAAACGGAACCAAUGGAUGUUGAGGAGGUGGGUGCCAGCUGUAUGGCAGCGGGUCACCAGGACAAGAUUAUCCCCAUUUCAAAGCGGGACAAAAUGUUGGACAACGAUGCUGCCAUGUGCAGUAUUAUCGAUGAAAUUGCUUAAGUCGUUUUUUGAGUAGUUGGUAGUUAUUUUUUUCUUUCACCUAAACGUUGUUGGUUUUCUGUAUAUACAUGAAGUAAAAAUGAAAAUGUUGACUCUGUUUUCACUGGGCCUGAAAUCUUACCUGCAGUUGAAUGGGGUUUUAUUUGAAUGCCAUUUGGCAGAUUUAUUACCACUCCCUGCGCAGAUAUUCCAAGCAUGUAAAAAUUGCACAGAUCAACUAUGAUAAAAAAACAAUAAAGACAUUUCCAAUUCUA